ACGAAUGCACCCAGAGAGAGAUGGAUGCUAGAGAAAAGACGGUCUUGAUGCAGCAAGGAGCUCUAGAAUCACUGAAACAAUCCUUAUCCGAUGUACAACAGCUGAUCAAGUCGGAUGUUGUGGUGAAGGAAGUUUCGAAGCCCUUGUUUGCGUUGGAAACUACGAUCAACGAGCUCAUCGGCCAGCCUCUGCAUAUGGAGAGCAUUGAGCUUGUGAACGCCAUUGCCUCGCCCAUUGCUAAGGUUACCGAGACUCUGAAGAACAUUGAUCUACAAACUUCUCAUGUACAACCCACAGCUGUGGUAGAGGAUUGUCUGAUUCAAAUGUGCGAGUCAUUGGAAAAGGCUCAAACGGAACAUUCACUGGAGCGAGCCCAAGAAAGCAUUACGCACGGCAAGCUUCUAGAGUCGGUGACGCACGUUCAGCAUGAUAUUCGGGAAUGUAUCCAGAUGGAGAAGGAUGCUAGAGAAAAGACGGUCUUGAUGCAGCAAGGAGCUCUAGAAUCACUGAAACAAUCCUUAUCCGAUGUACAACAGCUGAUCAAGUCGGAUGUUGUGGUGAAGGAAGUUUCGAAGCCCUUGUUUGCGUUGGAAACUACGAUCAACGAGCUCAUCGGCCAGCCUCUGCAUAUGGAGAGCUUUGAGCUUGUGAACGCCAUUGCCUCGCCCAUUGCUAAGGUUACCGAGACUCUGAAGAACAUUGAUCUACAAACUUCUCAUGUACAACCCACAGCUGUGGUAGAGGAUUGUCUGAUUCAAAUGUGCGAGUCAUUGGAAAAGGCUCAAAGGGAACAUUCUCUGGAGCGAGCCCAAGAAAGCAUUACGCACGGCAAGCUUCUAGAAUCGGUGACGCACGUUCAGCAUGAUAUUCGGGAAUGUAUCCAGAUGGAGAAGGAUGCUAGAGAAAAGACGGUCUUGAUGCAGCAAGGAGCUCUAGAAUCACUGAAACAAUCCUUAUCCGAUGUACAACAGCUGAUCAAGUCGGAUGUUGUGGUGAAGGAAGUUUCGAAGCCCUUGUUUGCGUUGGAAACUACGAUCAACGAGCUCAUCGGCCAGCCUCUGCAUAUGGAGAGCUUUGAGCUUGUGAACGCCAUUGCCUCGCCCAUUGCUAAGGUUACCGAGACUCUGAAGAACAUUGAUCUACAAACUUCUCAUGUACAACCCACAGCUGUGGUAGAGGAUUGUCUGAUUCAAAUGUGCGAGUCAUUGGAAAAGGCUCAAACGGAACAUUCACUGGAGCGAGCCCAAGAAAGCAUUACGCACGGCAAGCUUCUAGAGUCGGUGACGCACGUUCAGCAUGAUAUUCGGGAAUGUAUCCAGAUGGAGAAGGAUGCUAGAGAAAAGACGGUCUUGAUGCAGCAAGGAGCUCUAGAAUCACUGAAACAAUCCUUAUCCGAUGUACAACAGCUGAUCAAGUCGGAUGUUGUGGUGAAGGAAGUUUCGAAGCCCUUGUUUGCGUUGGAAACUACGAUCAACGAGCUCAUCGGCCAGCCUCUGCAUAUGGAGAGCUUUGAGCUUGUGAACGCCAUUGCCUCGCCCAUUGCUAAGGUUACCGAGACUCUGAAGAACAUUGAUCUACAAACUUCUCAUGUACAACCCACAGCUGUGGUAGAGGAUUGUCUGAUUCAAAUGUGCGAGUCAUUGGAAAAGGCUCAAAGGGAACAUUCUCUGGAGCGAGCCCAAGAAAGCAUUACGCACGGCAAGCUUCUAGAAUCGGUGACGCACGUUCAGCAUGAUAUUCGGGAAUGUAUCCAGAUGGAGAAGGAUGCUAGAGAAAAGACGGUCUUGAUGCAGCAAGGAGCUCUAGAAUCACUGAAACAAUCCUUAUCCGAUGUACAACAGCUGAUCAAGUCGGAUGUUGUGGUGAAGGAAGUUUCGAAGCCCUUGUUUGCGUUGGAAACUACGAUCAACGAGCUCAUCGGCCAGCCUCUGCAUAUGGAGAGCUUUGAGCUUGUGAACGCCAUUGCCUCGCCCAUUGCUAAGGUUACCGAGACUCUGAAGAACAUUGAUCUACAAACUUCUCAUGUACAACCCACAGCUGUGGUAGAGGAUUGUCUGAUUCAAAUGUGCGAGUCAUUGGAAAAGGCUCAAACGGAACAUUCACUGGAGCGAGCCCAAGAAAGCAUUACGCACGGCAAGCUUCUAGAGUCGGUGACGCACGUUCAGCAUGAUAUUCGGGAAUGUAUCCAGAUGGAGAAGGAUGCUAGAGAAAAGACGGUCUUGAUGCAGCAAGGAGCUCUAGAAUCACUGAAACAAUCCUUAUCCGAUGUACAACAGCUGAUCAAGUCGGAUGUUGUGGUGAAGGAAGUUUCGAAGCCCUUGUUUGCGUUGGAAACUACGAUCAACGAGCUCAUCGGCCAGCCUCUGCAUAUGGAGAGCUUUGAGCUUGUGAACGCCAUUGCCUCGCCCAUUGCUAAGGUUACCGAGACUCUGAAGAACAUUGAUCUACAAACUUCUCAUGUACAACCCACAGCUGUGGUAGAGGAUUGUCUGAUUCAAAUGUGCGAGUCAUUGGAAAAGGCUCAAAGGGAACAUUCUCUGGAGCGAGCCCAAGAAAGCAUUACGCACGGCAAGCUUCUAGAGUCGGUGACGCACGUUCAGCAUGAUAUUCGGGAAUGUAUCCAGAUGGAGAAGGAUGCUAGAGAAAAGACGGUCUUGAUGCAGCAAGGAGCUCUAGAAUCACUGAAACAAUCCUUAUCCGAUGUACAACAGCUGAUCAAGUCGGAUGUUGUGGUGAAGGAAGUUUCGAAGCCCUUGUUUGCGUUGGAAACUACGAUCAACGAGCUCAUCGGCCAGCCUCUGCAUAUGGAGAGCUUUGAGCUUGUGAACGCCAUUGCCUCGCCCAUUGCUAAGGUUACCGAGACUCUGAAGAACAUUGAUCUACAAACUUCUCAUGUACAACCCACAGCUGUGGUAGAGGAUUGUCUGAUUCAAAUGUGCGAGUCAUUGGAAAAGGCUCAAACGGAACAUUCUCUGGAGCGAGCCCAAGAAAGCAUUACGCACGGCAAGCUUCUAGAGUCGGUGACGCACGUUCAGCAUGAUAUUCGGGAAUGUAUCCAGAUGGAGAAGGAUGCUAGAGAAAAGACGGUCUUGAUGCAGCAAGGAGCUCUAGAAUCACUGAAACAAUCCUUAUCCGAUGUACAACAGCUGAUCAAGUCGGAUGUUGUGGUGAAGGAAGUUUCGAAGCCCUUGUUUGCUUUGGAAACUACGAUCAACGAGCUCAUCGGCCAGCCUCUGCAUAUGGAGAGCUUUGAGCUUGUGAACGCCAUUGCCUCGCCCAUUGCUAAGGUUACCGAGACUUUGAAGAACAUUGAUCUACAAACUUCUCAUGUACAACCCACAGCUGUGGUAGAGGAUUGUCUGAUUCAAAUGUGCGAGUCAUUGGAAAAGGCUCAAAGGGAACAUUCUCUGGAGCGAGCCCAAGAAAGCAUUACGCACGGCAAGCUUUUAGAGUCGGUGACGCACGUUCAGCAUGAUAUUCGGGAAUGUAUCCAGAUGGAGAAGGAUGCUAGAGAAAAGACGGUCUUGAUGCAGCAAGGAGCUCUAGAAUCACUGAAACAAUCCUUAUCCGAUGUACAACAGCUGAUCAAGUCGGAUGUUGUGGUGAAGGAAGUUUCGAAGCCCUUGUUUGCGUUGGAAACUACGAUCAACGAGCUCAUCGGUCAGCCUCUGCAUAUGGAGAGCUUUGAGCUUGUGAACGCCAUUGCCUCGCCCAUUGCUAAGGUUACCGAGACUCUGAAGAACAUUGAUCUACAAACUUCUCAUGUACAACCCACAGCUGUGGUAGAGGAUUGUCUGAUUCAAAUGUGCGAGUCAUUGGAAAAGGCUCAAACGGAACAUUCUCUGGAGCGAGCCCAAGAAAGCAUUACGCACGGCAAGCUUCUAGAGUCGGUGACGCACGUUCAGCAUGAUAUUCGGGAAUGUAUCCAGAUGGAGAAGGAUGCUAGAGAAAAGACGGUCUUGAUGCAGCAAGGAGCUCUAGAAUCACUGAAACAAUCCUUAUCCGAUGUACAACAGCUGAUCAAGUCGGAUGUUGUGGUGAAGGAAGUUUCGAAGCCCUUGUUUGCGUUGGAAACUACGAUCAACGAGCUCAUCGGCCAGCCUCUGCAUAUGGAGAGCUUUGAGCUUGUGAACGCCAUUGCCUCGCCCAUUGCUAAGGUUACCGAGACUCUGAAGAACAUUGAUCUACAAACUUCUCAUGUACAACCCACAGCUGUGGUAGAGGAUUGUCUGAUUCAAAUGUGCGAGUCAUUGGAAAAGGCUCAAACGGAACAUUCUCUGGAGCGAGCCCAAGAAAGCAUUACGCACGGCAAGCUUCUAGAGUCGGUGACGCACGUUCAGCAUGAUAUUCGGGAAUGUAUCCAGAUGGAGAAGGAUGCUAGAGAAAAGACGGUCUUGAUGCAGCAAGGAGCUCUAGAAUCACUGAAACAAUCCUUAUCCGAUGUACAACAGCUGAUCAAGUCGGAUGUUGUGGUGAAGGAAGUUUCGAAGCCCUUGUUUGCGUUGGAAACUACGAUCAACGAGCUCAUCGGCCAGCCUCUGCAUAUGGAGAGCUUUGAGCUUGUGAACGCCAUUGCCUCGCCCAUUGCUAAGGUUACCGAGACUCUGAAGAACAUUGAUCUACAAACUUCUCAUGUACAACCCACAGCUGUGGUAGAGGAUUGUCUGAUUCAAAUGUGCGAGUCAUUGGAAAAGGCUCAAACGGAACAUUCACUGGAGCGAGCCCAAGAAAGCAUUACGCACGGCAAGCUUCUAGAGUCGGUGACGCACGUUCAGCAUGAUAUUCGGGAAUGUAUCCAGAUGGAGAAGGAUGCUAGAGAAAAGACGGUCUUGAUGCAGCAAGGAGCUCUAGAAUCACUGAAACAAUCCUUAUCCGAUGUACAACAGCUGAUCAAGUCGGAUGUUGUGGUGAAGGAAGUUUCGAAGCCCUUGUUUGCGUUGGAAACUACGAUCAACGAGCUCAUCGGCCAGCCUCUGCAUAUGGAGAGCUUUGAGCUUGUGAACGCCAUUGCCUCGCCCAUUGCUAAGUUUACCGAGACUUUGAAGAACAUUGAUCUACAAACUUCUCAUGUACAACCCACAGCUGUCGUAGAGGAUUGUCUGAUUCAAAUGUGCGAGUCAUUGGAAAAGGCUCAAACGGAACAUUCACUGGAGCGAGCCCAAGAAAGCAUUACGCACGGCAAGCUUCUAGAGUCGGUGACGCACGUUCAGCAUGAUAUUCGGGAAUGUAUCCAGAUGGAGAAGGAUGCUAGAGAAAAGACGGUCUUGAUGCAGCAAGGAGCUCUAGAAUCACUGAAACAAUCCUUAUCCGAUGUACAACAGCUGAUCAAGUCGGAUGUUGUGGUGAAGGAAGUUUCGAAGCCCUUGUUUGCGUUGGAAACUACGAUCAACGAGCUCAUCGGCCAGCCUCUGCAUAUGGAGAGCUUUGAGCUUGUGAACGCCAUUGCCUCGCCCAUUGCUAAGGUUACCGAGACUCUGAAGAACAUUGAUCUACAAACUUCUCAUGUACAACCCACAGCUGUGGUAGAGGAUUGUCUGAUUCAAAUGUGCGAGUCAUUGGAAAAGGCUCAAAGGGAACAUUCACUGGAGCGAGCCCAAGAAAGCAUUACGCACGGCAAGCUUCUAGAAUCGGUGACGCACGUUCAGCAUGAUAUUCGGGAAUGUAUCCAGAUGGAGAAGGAUGCUAGAGAAAAGACGGUCUUGAUGCAGCAAGGAGCUCUAGAAUCACUGAAACAAUCCUUAUCCGAUGUACAACAGCUGAUCAAGUCGGAUGUUGUGGUGAAGGAAGUUUCGAAGCCCUUGUUUGCGUUGGAAACUACGAUCAACGAGCUCAUCGGCCAGCCUCUGCAUAUGGAGAGCUUUGAGCUUGUGAACGCCAUUGCCUCGCCCAUUGCUAAGGUUACCGAGACUCUGAAGAACAUUGAUCUACAAACUUCUCAUGUACAACCCACAGCUGUGGUAGAGGAUUGUCUGAUUCAAAUGUGCGAGUCAUUGGAAAAGGCUCAAAGGGAACAUUCUCUGGAGCGAGCCCAAGAAAGCAUUACGCACGGCAAGCUUUUAGAGUCGGUGACGCACGUUCAGCAUGAUAUUCGGGAAUGUAUCCAGAUGGAGAAGGAUGCUAGAGAAAAGACGGUCUUGAUGCAGCAAGGAGCGCUAGAAUCACUGAAACAAUCCUUAUUCGAUGUACAACAGCUGAUCAAGUCGGAUGUUGUGGUGAAGGAAGUUUCGAAGCCCUUGUUUGCGUUGGAAACUACGAUCAACGAGCUCAUCGGCCAGCCUCUGCAUAUGGAGAGCUUUGAGCUUGUGAACGCCAUUGCCUCGCCCAUUGCUAAGGUUACCGAGACUCUGAAGAACAUUGAUCUACAAACUUCUCAUGUACAACCCACAGCUGUGGUAGAGGAUUGUCUGAUUCAAAUGUGCGAGUCAUUGGAAAAGGCUCAAAGGGAACAUUCACUGGAGCGAGCCCAAGAAAGCAUUACGCACGGCAAGCUUCUAGAGUCGGUGACGCACGUUCAGCAUGAUAUUCGCGUAUGUAUUCAAAAAGCAAGGAAUGAUGGUUGUGAUGUUGACAACUUUAAGCGAGAUACCAGCAACAUAGCUGAUAAUGAAUCUAAAUUAACUCUGGAUAGAGAGUCCAGUAGCAGUGAAAAGAUAAAUAGUAAAAGGGUUGAAAAAGCGUUGCUGGCUAAAUCCGAGGAUGAGACAAGCAGGAUAAUCAAUUUGGUAGAUGUACAAGUAAACAAGCAGAAUAAUGAAGAUGUUCAGCAAUCAUUUAAGGCAAUUGUUGAUAGGACGGUAGAAGUUGAUGCGAAGAUAAAUGCAGAAUUAAAAGAAAUGAAGAAGAUCGAGGGGGAUGCUAUGAAACAAGAAGAAGAAGCAAAGAUGAAGGUCCAGGAAGAAGCCAAAAAUAAAGCAGAAAAGGAAGCCAAGAAGAAGGUCGAGGAAGAAGUCAAAAAGAAGGCCGAGGAAGAAGCCAAAACGAAAGAAGAACAAGAAGUAAAGAAAAAGGCAGAAGUAGAAACAAAGAGGAAAGCAGAAGAGGAUGCCAAGAAGAAGGUCGAAGAGGAAUCCAAAAAGAAAGAAGAACAGGAAGCAAAGAAAAAGGCAGAAGAAGUAGCAAAGAAAAAGGCAGAAGAGGAAGCAAAGAAGAAGGUCGAGGAAGAAGCCAAAAAUAAAGCAGAAAAGGAAGCCAAGAAGAAGGCCGAGGAAGAAGCCAAACAGAAAGAAGAACAGGAAGCAAAGAAAAAGGCCGAGGAAGAAGUGAAAAAGAAGGAAGAACAGGAAGCAAAGGAAAAAGCAGAAAAGGAAGCCAAGAAGAAAGCAAAAGAGGAAGCAAAGAAGAAGACAGAGGAGGAAUCCAAAAAGAAAGCCGAAGAGGAAGCCAAGAAGAAGGCCGAGGAGGAAGCCAAAACGAAAGCAGCCGAAGAAGCCAAAAAGAAGGCCGAGGAAGAAGCAAAGAAGAAAGCAGAAGAGGAUGCCAAGGCAGAAGAAGAAGCUAAAAAUAAAGCAGAAAAGGAAGCCAAGAAGAAGACCGAGGAGGAAGCAAAGAAGAAAUCAGAAGAGGAAGCAAAGAAGAAGGCCGAAGAAGAAGCAAAGAAGAAAGCAGAAGAGGAAGCCAAGAAGAAGGCCGAGGAAGAAGCAAAAAAGAAAGAAGAACAGGAAGCAAAGGAAAAAGCAGAAAAAGAAGCCAAGAAGAAAGCAAAAGAGGAAGCCAAGAAGAAGGAGGAGGAAGAAGCCAAAAAGAAAGCAGAAGAGGAAGCCAAGAAGAAGGCCGAGGAGGAAGCAAAGAAGAAAGCAGAAGAAGAAGCAAAGAAGAAGGCCGAAGAAGAAGCAAAGAAGAAGGCAGAAGAGGAAGCAAAGAAGAAGGCCGAGGAAGAAGCAAAGAAGAAAGCAGAAGAGGAUGCCAAGAAGAAGGCAGAAGAAGAAGCUAAAAAUAAAGCAGAAAAGGAAGCCAAGAAGAAAACCGAGGAGGAAGCAAAGAAGAAAGCAGAAGGGGAAGUCAAGAAGAAGGCCGAAGAAGAAGCAAAGAAGAAAGCAGAAGAGGAAGUCAAGAAGAAGGCCGAGGAAGAAGCCAAAAAGAAAGAAGAACAGGAAGCAAAGAAAAAGGCCGAGGAAGAAGUGAAAAAGAAGGAAGAACAGGAAGCAAAGGAAAAAGCAGAAAAAGAAGCCAAGAAGAAAGCAAAAGAGGAAGCAAAGAAGAAGGAGGAGGAAGAAGCCAAAAAGAAAACAGAAGAGGAAGCCAAGAAGAAGGCCGAGGAGGAAGCAAAGAAGAAAGCAGAAGAGGAAGCAAAGAAGAAGGCCGAAGAAGAAGCAAAGAAGAAAGCAGAAGAGGAAGCCAAGAAGAAGGCCAAGGAAGAAGCCAAAAAGAAAGAAGAACAGGAAGCAAAGAAAAAGGUCGAGGAAGAAGUGAAAAAGAAAGAAGAACAGGAAGUAAAGGAAAAAGCAGAAAAAGAAGCCAAGAAGAAAGCAAACGAGGAAGCCAAGAAGAAGGAGGAGGAAGAAGCCAAAAAGAAAGCAGAAGAAGAAGCCAAGAAGAAGGCCGAGGAGGAAGCAAAGAAGAAAGCAGAAGAGGAAGCAAAGAAGAAGGCCGAAGAAGAAGCAAAGAAGAAAGCAGAAGAGGAAGCCAAGAAGAAGGCCGAUGAGGAAGCAAAGAAGAAAGCAGAAGAGGAAGCAAAGAAGGAGGCCGAGGAAGAAGCAAAAAAGAAAGAAGAACAGGAAGCAAAGGAAAAAGCAGAAAAGGAAGCCAAGAAGAAAGCAAAAGAGGAAGCAAAGAAGAAGACAGAAGAGGAAUCCAAAAAGAAAGCCGAAGAGGAAGCCAAGAAGAAGGCCGAGGAGGAAGCCAAAACGAAAGCAGCCGAAGAAGCCAAAAAGAAGGCCGAGGAAGAAGCAAAGAAGAAAGCAGAAGAGGAAGCCAAGAAGAAGGCCGAGGAGGAAGCAAAGAAGAAAGCAGAAGAGGAUGCCAAGAAGAAGGAGGAGGAAGAAGCCAAAAAGAAAGCCGAAAAGGAAGCCAAGAAGAAGGCCGAGGAGGAAGCAAAGAAGAAAGCAGAUGAGGAAGCAAAGAAGAAGGCCGAAGAAGAAGCAAAGAAGAAAGAAGAGGAAAUCAAAAAGAAGGCAGACGAGGAGGCAAAGAAAAAGGCAGAAGAAGAAGCAAAGAAGAAGGCCGAAGAGGAAGCCAAAAAGAAAGCAGAAGAUGAAACCAAGAAGAUGGCCGAGGAGGAAGCCAAAAAGAAAGCGGAAAAGGAAGCAAAGAAGAAGGCGGAGGAAGAAUUGAAAAGGAAAGAAGAAAAGGAAGCAAAGGAAAAAGCAGAAAAAGAAGCAAAGAAGAAAGAGGAACAGGAAGCAAAGAUAAAGGCAGAAGAAGUAGCAAAGAAGAAAGCAGAAAAGGAAGCAAAGAAGAAGGCCGAGGAGGAAGCCAAAACGAAAGCAGCCGAAGAAGCCAAAAAGAAGGCCGAGGAAGAAGCAAAGAAGAAAGCAGAAGAGGAUGCCAAGAAGAAGGCAGAAGAAGAAGUUAAAAAUAAAGCAGAAAAGGAAGCCAAGAAGAAGGUCGAGGAAGAAGCCAAAAAGAAAGCAGAAGAAGAAGCUAAGAAGAAGGCUGAAGAAGAAGCAAAGAAGAAAGCAGAAGAGGAAGCAAAGAAGAAGGUCGAGGAAGAAGCCAAAAAGAAAGCAGAAAAGGAAGCCAAGAAGAAGGCCGAGGAGGAAGCUAAAAAGAAAGAAGAACAGGAAACAAAGGAAAAGGCAGAAAAAGAAGCAAAGAAGAAAGCAGAAGAGGAUGCCAAGAAGAAGGCCGAAGAGGAAGCCAAAAAGAAAGAAGAACAGGAAGCAAAGAAAAAAGCAGAAGAGGAAGCAAAGAAGAAUGCAGAGAAGGAGGUCCAGGAAGAAGCCAAAAAGAAAGCAGGAAAAGAAGCAAAGAAGAAGACAGGGGAGGAAGCCAAAAAGAAAGCAGAAGAGGAAACCAAAAAGAAAACAGAGCAAGAAGCAAAGAAGAAAGCAGAAGUGGAAGC